AGCUUGCUUUAUAGAGAGAAGGAAGGGGACGGUAGGUUGAGCUAAGCGGGAGAAAUCUGUCUGUCUGUCUCUCUUUCUCUGUUGUUGAGGUCCAGAUUUCUUAGACGUUUCGUGUGUUUUGCUUAGUAGUUCAAGAUUUAGUUCAUCGCUGACCUUUAUCGGGAAUUCGAAGAAUUUUCUGUUUAGUCCGUGUUUUUUUCUGGAUCUCCAGUAAAGUAUUUGCUGGAGGGUUUUCGGUACUGAACGAUCUCUUUUCAGGGUUUACUGAAUUGAGGCUUCUGUUAUAGGUGGCGGAGUUGAGAUUAGUGUGUUGAGUGUUAGUAAAUUUAUAUUCCAUUUUGCUGCUUUUAGAGGGGUGUGGCUUGAUCUUGUUUGGAUUUGAGGUUGCUGCUCUGAAAGGAGGCGAAAGUAUUGAGACGACGUGAGGGUUGUCCGGAUUUCCUGAAGAGUUGCUGAUUGCUUUCUUUGGUGCUUCUUUAGGGGAAGAGAUGACGAUCGGAAGCCUGGCCCCUGCUAAAGAAAAGAAAGCAGGCAAAAGUAAGCAAGUGGCUGACGAGAAAGCUCCUCUGCUUCCGCUGAAACAGGAUGAAUUUGAAGGGGAACUGGAUGGGUUCAAUGGAGCUUCUUAUGCCGGUGCUGUAUUUAAUCUCUCGACCACGGUUGUUGGUGCUGGAAUCAUGGCUUUACCUGCCACAAUGAAGGUUCUCGGACUUGGUCCAGGAAUCCUGAUGAUCAUCUUCAUGGCAUUUCUGACGGAUGCUUCAAUUGAAAUGCUGUUGAGAUUUAGCAAGGCUGGGAAAACAGUCUCAUAUGGAGGUGUUAUGGGGGAAGCUUUUGGGAAAUUUGGAAGGAUUCUGUUGCAGAUUUGUGUCGUUAUUAACAAUGUGGGUGUGUUGAUCGUAUACAUGAUCAUAAUAGGAGAUGUGCUUUCUGGAACAUCUUCAACUGGAGUACAUCACUCUGGCGUGUUGGAAGGAUGGUUUGGUGAACAUUGGUGGAAUGGGCGUGCAUUUGUCUUGACUGUUACAACCUUAGCUAUAUUUGCACCACUUGGAUCCUUCAAACGUGUAGAUUCUUUGAGUUUCACCUCUGCAUUAUCAGUCGCGCUUGCAGUAGUAUUUGUUGUUAUAACAGCUGGAAUCACGAUUGUCAAAUUGAUAAAUGGGAGCAUUCCAAUGCCUAGGUGGAUGCCUCAUGUUACCGAUAUGGCUUCUAUCUGGAAUCUCUUCACAGUUGUUCCUGUUCUGGUCACUGCCUUUAUCUGCCACUACAAUGUCCAUACCAUAGAAAAUGAGCUCGAAGACUCCUCUCAAAUGCAAUCCAUAGUCCGCAGCUCACUGGGCCUUUGCUCGACAGUAUAUAUUACCACCAGUUUCUUUGGCUUCCUUCUAUUUGGAGAGGCUACUCUUGAUGAUGUCUUGGCCAACUUUGAUGCCAACCUCGGGAUCCCCUACAGUUCAGUUUUGAAUGAUGCAGUGCGUGUCAGCUAUGCUGUUCAUCUGAUGCUCGUCUUCCCUAUCAUUUUCUUUGCCCUUCGGCUGAACCUGGACGGACUUCUAUUUCCAUCUGCAAGGCCCCUUGUAUUGGAUAACCGUAGGUUUGCAUUGAUCACUGUGGCACUUAUUGGAAUAAUCUUCCUCGGAGCAAAUUUUAUCCCAAGCAUCUGGGAUGCGUUCCAAUUUACCGGAGCCACUGCUGCUGUCUGUAUUGGUUUUAUCUUCCCUGCAUCCAUUGUGCUAAGGGACCCUUAUGGCAUUGCAACGAAGAGGGACAAGCUCUUGGCUGUGUUUAUGAUUGUGCUUGCUGCCUUCUCCAACUUGAUAGCUAUCUACAGUGAUGCCUACUCGUUGUUCAAGAAAAGUGAGGUUUCUCCACGUGCCUAGGACGGCAAUUUAUGUACAUGCAGAUGUGUUGCAAAUGGUUGAAUGUAAAGAAAAUCAUGGUUUUCUUGAAGGUUGAGGAUUGGUUAGUUCAAAAUGGAGAUUGAGCCAGCAAGUUCUCAAAAAUGCCAACUGUGUUAGUUACAUGUGCAUGCAACUUUCUUGUAUAUCUAUUUGUCUGAAAUAAAAUAAUUUUUGCGUUA